CUUAGUCCCCAGCAGAUGGUUGUGAGGGAGAAAAUUCUUGAUAUGGUUGUUGGCUGCUUUAAACGUCAUGGAGCAAAGAGGUUAGAUACUCCCGCAUUUGAGCUAAAGGAAAUGCUCACUGAGAAGUAUGGAGAGGACUCUGGGCUCAUCUAUGAUCUGAAGGAUCAGGGUGGAGAGCUGUUGUCCCUGCGCUAUGACCUUACUGUCCCUUUUGCUCGUUAUCUGGCCAUGAAUAAGGUGAAGAAGAUGAAACGUUACCAUGUUGGAAAAGUGUGGCGGCGGGAGAGCCCAACCAUAGUCCAAGGCCGCUACAGGGAGUUCUGCCAGUGUGAUUUUGACAUUGCUGGUCAGUUUGAUCCUAUGAUCCCUGACGCAGAGUGUUUGAAGAUCAUGUGUGAAAUUCUUAGUGGAUUGCAGCUGGGGGACUUCAUCAUUAAGGUCAAUGAUCGGCGGAUUUUGGAUGGGAUGUUUGCUGUCUGCGGUGUUCCUGAAAGCAAGUUCCAUGCCAUCUGCUCCUCGAUAGACAAACUAGACAAGAUAUCUUGGAAAGAUGUGAGACAUGAGAUGGUGGCAAAGAAAGGCCUGGCUCCUGAAGUGGCUGAUAGAAUUGGGGACUAUGUUCAAUGUCAUGGUGGGGUUUCCUUGAUAGAGCAAAUGUUCCAGGAUCCUAGACUAUCACAGAACAAGCAGGCUCUAGAUGGCCUGGGGGACUUGAAGCUGCUAUUUGAAUACCUGACUUUAUUUGGAAUUGCUGAGAAGAUCUCUUUUGACCUAAGCCUAGCUCGGGGCCUGGACUACUAUACUGGAGUAAUUUAUGAAGCAGUGCUACUACAGACCCCGGCUCAGGCUCAGGAGUCCUUCAAUGUGGGCAGUGUGGCUGCUGGUGGACGCUAUGAUAAGCUGGUGGGCAUGUUUGACCCCAAGGGCCACAAGGUGCCGUGUGUGGGACUCAGUAUUGGGGUAGAGCGAAUCUUCUCUAUUGUGGAGCAGAGGAUGAAGACUUUUGGUCAGAAGAUACGGACUACAGAGACCCAAGUGUUUGUGGCCACACCACAGAAGAACUUUCUUCAUGAACGGUUGAAGCUAAUUGCAGAACUUUGGGAUGCUGGGAUCAAGGCAGAGCUGCUGUAUAAAAACAACCCUAAACUACUAACGCAACUGCACUACUGUGAGGACAUGGGCAUUCCACUGGUGGUCAUUAUUGGUGAGCAAGAAAUGAAAGAAGGGAUAAUCAAGCUUCGUUCAGUGGCCAGCAGGGAGGAGGUGGCUAUUAAACGGGAAAAUCUUGUGGCUGAAAUUCAGAAGCGACUAUCUGAGUCUUGA